GAGACGUGCUUCAUCAGUGACACAGGGCUACGAGAAGUUCUCUGGCAGAACAUGAAGAAGGGCAUCUUGCGGACUCCCUUGCUCCAGCUGUUGCAGCAGUUGCGGGAAGGAGGGAAAAAUGGUGAAGAUACUGAGAUUCUCAGUAUGCUGCAGAGCGAGAUUCAAAACGAAAGCUUGGUGAUUUUGGUGGCUGCACCUUCGGCCAAGGCGGCGCAUGACUGGCAGCAACAGAUCUAUCAGAGCCUGACUUCGGUCGUACAAGACGGGAGCGUUUGUGUGUUGAUUUCUCCAGUUUUGCAGAAGCCGCCAGCGUCGCUGAUGGAGUGCCUCAUGAACUACUGCCAGCAGGAGCUGCUGCAACCGUGUUACCCGAAUUUGAGAAAGGUGUGUCGGUCCUGCUUCUCAUUGCAUGUGCUGUCUUCGGGCCUGACAAAGCUUACAAAGUAUGUGGGAUAUUGCUACAUAAAGCCCGGCGAGACCAAGAACAAGAGCCGCUGGAAGGUGAAGGCCGUGCCGUUUACCUUCCAAAGCAAGUGGAAGCCCUCGGACAACGUGGAGCAACGGAAGACGGACAUGGCAGGUUUUCUCGCAGCCUCUGGCGCCUCAUCCGAGUGGCCCUCUGUGGGUGUAUUGCUGGAGUCGGCCCGUCGUUUCGGGCCGGCCUCCCUGCAAGCGCAGCCAGGGCGCCGGAGCCGUCUCGGAGCGCUGUUCUGGCUGCUGGAAGAAAUCGAAGGCACCCUGGGUCUGGAGGGCAGCACCUGCGACGAGAACGAGCACGGAGAGCAGGAAGACUGGGAGUCGGAGGAGGAGGUGCAGGUCUUCUUGGAAAUGCAGUCCUUGGCCUCCCAUGCUCCGAAUCAAGCGCGGGAUCCCUGGCCGGUGGCCGAGGAUCUGGAGAUGCACGUUUGGCCUUGGCAUGUUGAGAACUACUCCGUUGAG